AUGGGAGACAUGGGAGACCCACCAAAAAAAAAACGUCUGAUUUCCCUAUGUGUUGGUUGCGGCAAUCAAAUUCACGAUCAGUAUAUUCUGAGGGUUUCUCCGGAUUUGGAAUGGCAUGCGGCGUGUUUGAAGUGUGCAGAGUGUAAUCAGUAUUUGGACGAGACCUGUACGUGCUUUGUUAGGGAUGGCAAAACCUACUGUAAAAGAGAUUAUAUCAGGUUAUACGGCAUCAAGUGCGCCAAGUGCAGCAUCGGCUUCAGCAAGAACGACUUCGUGAUGCGCGCCCGCGCCAAGGUGUACCACAUCGAGUGUUUCCGCUGCGUGGCCUGCAGCCGCCAGCUCAUCCCCGGCGAUGAAUUCGCCCUGCGGGAGGACGGC